AUGUCCUUCCCCUGCCUCGACGCUCAAGAAGAGAAGACCCAGAAGCUACAGCAAAAGUCUAUGGAGUCUGGCCCUGAACCAUCCUAUACGACCGGUGCUCACCAAGAAUUUGUUUCACACGAGCCUUUUCUUACUGAUUGGGGUGGCAGUCUGUCGUCGUUCACUAUUGCUUACGAAACUUGGGGCGAGCUGAAUAAAGACGCUUCAAAUGCGAUAUUGCUGCAUACUGGGCUAUCAGCCUCGUCGCACGCGCACAGUACAGAGAGUAACACAAAACCUGGCUGGUGGGAGAAGUUCAUUGGACCGGGAGAGCAUUUCCCGAUAAAUACUUCAAAAUACUUCGUGAUAUGUACCAAUGUAAUAGGAGGGUGUUAUGGCAGCACGGGGCCAUCAAGUCUUGAUCCAGUGGAUGGACAACGUUAUGCGACACGCUUUCCGAUACUGACUCUUGACGAUAUGGUUCGUGCUCAAGCUCGCUUGCUCGACCACCUCAGUAUAGACAAGCUAUACGCCAGCGUUGGUGCAAGCAUGGGUGGCAUGCAGUCACUUGCCUUUGGUGUGCAAUUUCCCGAUCGUGUUGGCCGGAUAGCUUCGAUAUCGGGCAUUGCAAUGCGACACACACAGCGACAAGCACUGAUGAUGGAUCCACGAUGGAACAGAGGCUUCUAUUACGACUCCGUACCGCCUCACAUGGGCAUGAAGUUGGCAAGAGAAAUAGCCACUGUAACAUACAGAUCCGGUCCAGAGUGGGAGAACCGCUUCGGUCGACGCAGGGCAGAUCCCAGCAAAGCACCAGCUCUAUGUCCUGACUUUUUAAUCGAGACGUAUCUAGACCAUGCAGGUGAGAAAUUCAGCCUCGAAUAUGAUCCCAACUCUCUACUGUACAUCAGUAAAGCUAUGGAUAUGUUCGAUUUAGGUCACGAACACCAAAUUACCACCAAACAGAGACGAAAACAAAACGAGGAUCGACUGUCCCAGGCAAGAGCAGAAUCCAGGCAAGAAGAGGAAUUGAGCUGCAGUCUCACCCUCCCUACCAAGAAUUACGAGGAGAAGAACUCUGUAGCUCCCAUGGACCAGGACCUUUCAGCCCAAACGUCCCGUGCUCCACCAGCAGAUCUUGUCAAAGGUCUUCAGCCACUCGCUGCUCAUCCGACCUUAGUGAUGGGUGUUGCAAGCGAUAUUCUCUUUCCAGCAUGGCAACAGCGCGAGAUCGCGGACACCUUGAGGGCAACGGGUAAUCAGAAAGUUACCCACGUCGAGCUCGGCGAGGAUGUGAGCCAUUUUGGGCACGAUACGUUCUUGCUGGACCUGAAGAAUAUCGGUGGAAAUUUGGGAAGGUUUCUGAACACGAACGAAGCAGCGCUGGGUGGUUCGAGUAGUCUUCUGUUCCGUGCAUGA